CGUUCCCAGCUGGAGGAAUUCCUGAACCACUCGUCGCCCUUCUCCAUCUGGGUGAACGGGGAGCGCCUGGACUCGCUGCUGGAGCGGGACGAGCGGCAGGAGCGGCAGCUCGAGGACCUGGAGGAGCGCUUCGGGCUGCUGGAGGACGGCAUCGACGGCCUCUUCCAGGACAGCUCCCAGCUCCACGGCCGGGCCCUGCCCUUCUUCCAGGCGCCCUUCGGGGGGUUCCGCGAGUCCUUCCGCGCCCCCCUCCCCCUGCAGCGGGUGCGGCUCCUCCCGCAGCGCCGCCGCUUUUCCCGGGAUCUCCACCCGUUCCUGCCGCACCCCCCGCACCGCGGCUUCCAGCACCUCUUCCAGCCGCUCCUGGAGAUGACCCAGCGCAUGCUGGAGGAGGCCCAGGGGAGCUGGGAGCGCCCCUGGGGCGGGUUCGGGCCGGAGUCCCGCAACUUCAGCAACGACCGCAUGGUGUGCAAGGAGAUCCGCAGGAAUUCCGCCGGCUGCCUCAGGAUGAGGGACGAGUGCGACAAGUGCCGGGACAUCCUGGCCGUGGGUGAGCCGGGAAUGCG